UACUUCCUCGGUUCUUGUCCGUGCCUAUCCUGGUUUGUCGGUGUGAGCAGAGUUUCCCUUCCGCUUACAGGCUGCUGUCAUACAGCUACCAUGUUAUCCCAUUCCCGGUGUCUCACCAGGAAUUUUUGCCGUUCUCUCUCUGCUAUCCGCCAGGGGAAUAAUGUGUUAGCUCGUCGGGCCACGGCAGCUCUGUCGGUUAGCCAUUCUAUCACUUUGAACAACAAUGUAAAAUCGGAUCCCCGGUCCAACGUCUUCCAAAUCCAGUACUUCAGGACAUCUGUAGCCCACAGAGAUGACGUUGUUACAGUUAAGACUCCUGCUUUUGCCGAAUCCGUCACAGAGGGGGACGUGAGGUGGGAGAAAGCUGUUGGAGACACUGUCAUGGAGGAUGAGGUGGUGUGUGAAAUUGAAACUGAUAAGACAUCAGUGCAGGUUCCCUCUCCUGCUGCUGGAGUGAUUGAGGAGCUUUUGAUCCCUGAUGGAGGAAAGGUUGAAGGCGGGACUCCACUCUUUAAGCUUCGAAAAGGAGCUGGUGCUCCCAAAGCUGCAGAAGCUCCAAAAGCCGAGGCCCCGGCUGCUGCAGCCCCCCCACCACCUUCUGCCGCUGCUCCUCCUACUCCACCUCCUCCCACCUCAGCUGUAGGCCCCAUUCCCACCACGAUGCCCCCUGUGCCACCUGUGCCAACACAUGCUAUGGACUCUAAACCAGUUUCCGCCAUCAAGCCCGCUGUUGCUCCAGCUGCACCAGCGGCCCAAGCAGAGGGCGGAGCUAAAGGAGCCAGGACAGAAAGCAGGGUUAAGAUGAACCGCAUGAGACUGAGAAUUGCCCAGAGAUUGAAGGAAGCCCAAAACACCUGCGCUAUGUUGACUACGUUUAAUGAGGUCGACAUGAGUAAUAUCACAGAGAUGAGGAAAUCUUACAAAGACGCCUUCCUGAAAAAACAUAACAUCAAGCUGGGCUUCAUGUCUGCAUUUGUGAAGGCUGCUGCCUAUGCUCUGGCUGACCAGCCUGCUGUUAAUGCUGUAAUUGAUGACACAACAAAAGAGAUUGUGUAUAGGGACUACGUUGACAUCAGUGUGGCUGUGGCCACGCCAAAGGGUCUGGUGGUUCCUGUAAUCCGAAAUGUAGAGGGAAUGAAUUUUGCUGAUAUUGAGAAGGCCAUCAAUUUGUUGGGAGAAAAGGCCCGUAAGAAUGAGCUGGCUGUUGAGGACAUGGACGGAGGAACCUUCACAAUCAGCAAUGGUGGCGUGUUCGGGUCCAUGUUUGGUACACCUAUAAUCAAUCCACCACAGUCUGCUAUUUUAGGCAUGCACGGCAUCUUUGACAGGCCAGUUGCAGUUGGUGGCAAGGUGGAGAUCCGUCCCAUGAUGUAUGUUGCCCUGACGUACGACCAUCGUCUGAUUGAUGGAAGAGAGGCCGUCACUUUCCUGCGCAAGAUCAAGUCAGUGGUGGAGGACCCCAGGGUGCUGCUCCUUGACAUGUGAAACCUUUGGCCCAACCAAACAAACCACCCUACACAGUUUCUGUACUCACCUGAUGAACAUUACCGUAACUGCAGUUGAUGUCUUGUUGUAUUGGUUGACUAGAGAAAAAAAAAAGGAUUUUUGGAGAACAGUUGGGUAGUGAAAUGAACAUUUAUAAGGCUGGCAGUGAUAAAAGGUUUGGAGAUGUUGUGAAGAAAUGUCUGGCGAUUCUGUGCUGCUGGUCUCUAGAUCAAAGAAAAAACGCUAUUCUAUAACUCAUGUGCUCCAUAUGUUGUUUUUUUUACAUACAACUUAAACAUUUUCAACUUAAUGUGAGAUGAAUGGCAAACAGAUAAACUCAAUAGUAUCAUUUGAUUAUUUUGGUCGAGAGAAGAACAAUGAGCACAUGUUGGGCCAGAAACCAAGUAACACUAUGUUUCGAAAUGUCCAAAGUGAAGAAACCCUCUGAAUUUAUGCCAUCUGUUUCACAAAAAAUCUUGUUAUGCUGUGUUCGAAAGAGUAUUUAAGAAGAAGAAAAUUUUAAACAAUAAAAGCUGCAUUACCCAACUGUA